AUGAGGGAGUUCUUUGCAUUUCGACUCCAAAUGAGAUCUACUGAAUCAAAUAUUUUGUUGAGUUCACGUAGGUUAUUCCAGCAGUUCUUAGUUGAUGCAUACACUAUGGUUGAGUUUGAGCGCCUUAGUUACAUACGUUUUAACCAACCUAAAUUGAGGGUUGAAAAGUACAACUUAUUACAUGAAUGCUUGGUCAGGAGUGAAGCUAAUGCUGUAUCAACCGGUCAAAGAGUAAUUCUUUCAAGCGGUUUUAUUGGUGGACCUAGAUACAUGUUCAAUAACUGCAAAGAUGCAUUUGCAAUUUGCAAGCAUUUUGGCUAUCCAAGUUUUUUUGUCACUAUGACAUGCAAUCCUGAGUGGGAUGAGAUAAAGCGUUUACUAAGAGGCGUUGUUGUUAUAAUUUUAGAUGUAUGUACUAUUGAAUUUCAGAAGAGAGGCCUUCCUCAUGCUCAUAUUCUUUUGUUCAUGCAUCCUCUUUCAAGGCUAAGGUCUCCUGAUGAUAUUGAUAAGUUGAUAUCAGCCCAAAUACCAGAUAAACAUAGAAGACCUAAAUUAUAUGCUGCUGUUGAGAAAUUCAUGGUUCAUGGUCCAUGUGGGAAGCAUAACGAGAAUAGCCCUUGCAUGGUAAAUGGAAUGUGCUCCAAAUAUUUUCCCAAAUCAUUUAGAGAACAUACUGUUAUUGAUGAAGCUGGGUUUCCGAAGUAUCGUAGGCCAGACAACGGACGCACCAUUAACAAAAAGAAUGCUAUUCUUUCUAACUCUUUUGUUGUCCCUUAUAACCCAACUUUGUUGUUAAGGUAUGGAUGUCACAUUAAUGUUGAACAUACUUGCCAGACUUCUGCAAUUAAAUAUUUAUUUAAGUAUGUUCACAAGGGCAAUAAUCGUGUAACAGCUUCAUUUUAUCAUACUUCAGAUAACGGUCAUGUUUCUCCUAUUGUAGAUGAGAUUAAAAACUAUUAUGAUUGUAGAUAUAUAUCAGCAUGUGAAGCUGCUUGGAGAUUAUAUGGCUAUGAUAUACAGGUAAAGGAGCAUGCGGUUAUCAGACUUCCAUUUCACUUACCAGAUGAAAAUCCUAUUGUUUUUAAGGAUUAUGAGAAUAUUCAAGAUGUCAUUAGCCGCGCUGACACGAAGUUAACAAAAUUGCAAUCAUGGUUUAUUGUUAAAAAGUUCUUUCCAUUCGCCAGGUCUUUGACCUAUUGUGAAUUUCCGCGUAAAUUUUGGAAGGAUGACAUCUCGAUGUGGAUUCUUAGAAAACAAGGUUUUUCUAUUGGUAGAUUGACCCAUGUACCUAGAGGCAAUGGUGAGAAUUAUUAUCUGAGACUUCUUCUAAACAUUCAAAAGGGUUGCACCAGCUUUGAAGACUUACAUACUGUUGAUGGUGUUGCACACUGUAGUUUCAAAGAAGCAUGUUAUGCAUUAGGUCUUCUACAAGAUGACAAAGAAUUCAUUGAUUCUAUUAUUGAAGCAAGUACAUGGGCUUCAGCUAACUAUGUUCGUGACCUUUUUGUCAUGCUUCUGAUAUCCAAUAACAUUGCUUGCCCUGAUUUUGUCUGCGAUAGAUGCUAUAAAGAAUUGUCUGAGGAUAUCUUAUUUGAACAAAGAAGGAUUCAUCAUUUGGAAGAUCUUCAAUUGUCUGAUGAGCAGAUCAUGAAUUUGACACUUGCAAAGCUUGAGGACAGAAUGCAAAGUAAUGGAAGGUCUCUUAAAGAGUUUGAGUGUAUGCCUUACCCGUUAUUAGAUGAUGUAAAUGUUUUAGAGGAUCGGUUAGUAUUGGAUGAACUUAAUUUUGAUCGUUCUUUACUUACUCAACAAUAUAUACAGUCACUAAACACCAUGACAGAUGAACAACACACUGCAUUUGACAUUAUCAUUGAUUCUGUAAAUAAUGAUUGUGGCGGGUUUUUCUUUUUAUAUGGUUAUGGAGGAACUGGGAAGACAUUUAUAUGGAGGACUCUUUCUGCUUAUUUAAGAAGUAGUGGGAACAUUGUUCUUAAUGUUGCUUCAAGUGGCAUUGCUUCUUUAUUACUUCCUAAUGGUCAUACUGCUCACUCAAGAUUCAAGAUACCAUUAAGCAUAAAUGAGGAUUCUGUUUGCAACAUAAAGCAAGGCACUCCUCUUUCUAAGCUGAUAUGUAAGGCAAAACUUAUUAUAUGGGAUGAGGCUCCAAUGUUAAGCAAGUAUUGUUAUGAAGCUCUUGACAAAUCUUUGAAGGAUAUCCUUAGAUUUGAACCAUCAUUUAAUACAGACCUUCCCUUUGGCGGCAAAGUUGUUGUACUUGGUGGAGACUUCAGGCAGAUUCUUCCAGUAAUACCAAUGGGCUCGCGUCAAGACAUAGUGCAAGCAUCCAUUAGUUCUUCUUAUCUAUGGCAAUUUUUCACAAUCUUAAAGCUUUCAAAGAACAUGAGGCUUACUGCUGGAGGUACUAUUGAAGUUGAUAAUGAUCUCAAAGAGUUUGCACAAUGGUUAAUUCAAAUUGGUGAUGGGUUGGCAGGUGAUUCAACAGAUGGUGAGUCUGAGGUAGUCAUCCCUAAAGACAUUCUAAUUAAUGAUACUGAUGAUGGGUUUCAGAAUUUGGUUACAUUUGUCUAUGCGGAUUUAUUGUUGAACUUGCAUAACAUUGAUUACUUCAAGGAGCGCACAAUUCUAGCACCUACGCUCGAAGUUGUGCAUGAUGUCAACAAUACAAUAAUGAAAUACAUUAAUGCUGAUGAAAAAGUGUAUCUUAGUUCGGACUCAUUGUGUGCUGAAGAGGGCAACAUGGAAUAUGAGAUGGAUGCUAUCACAACUGAUGUGUUGAAUUCGAUAAAUUGCUCAGGCUUGCCUAGCCACCAGUUGAAACUCAAAGUUGGUGUACCUGUUGUGCUAUUGAGGAAUAUAGACCAAAGUGACAAGUGUGGCGAAAUAGUUCUGAUUCCAUGGAUGAAUAUGGUGCCUAACAAUGAAACACUUCCAUUCAGGAAUGAUUUUCAGUUUUUCAUUUAUGCUGAAAAAUUUGUAUAUGUUAAUUUAAUUCGAUUAAAGGCAGACAUUAGGAUAUUUAAGUAUAAUUUUGUUUGA